CACUAUUCAUUAGCAGCCUCACAUAUUUAUAUUUGUUGUGACGCGUAUUCUGCAAGACUGCGCUCUGAUGCACAGUAGUCCAACUUUUAUCAGCAGGCACAGAGGCGCUCUCUUAUUUUCUGAUGACGGACUAGUGGGAGAAGAGACGCCUGUUCAUUCGGCAUUGCUUGCUACAGCUAUACGCAAAAGAUACAUGUGGAUUUUUUCCAGGUUCGAAUGAAGCUUAGCCUAUAGGCCUAUACAUUUGUGUCAAACAUUUAAGGAGAUCUGAAAACGUGUCGUUUUCCUUUGAUGUUCUGCAGUCUUUUACGCACGCAGUUUCCUACGCAAGUAUCCUAGCGUAGACUAGUUGCAUUAAUACAGGCCAACUAUAUUCAUUCAGAUUUUCUUGGAGUAAAUCAACAAUAUAGGCUACACGGACAAGUAUGUGGGGAAUAACGAGGACGCGAUAUGCUGAUUGCAAUGGCUCGGAGGCCAGUGAGGAGACCGGGAUUGUCCUGAACAUCGGUGGAGUAAUACAGGUGUUGUGUGGGGAUGUGCUGAACCGUUUUCCGGAGACCCGACUAGCGGAACUGUGGAACACCUCCAAGGGGUGUUUGGAGGACUUAUCCUCGCUUUGUGACGACUAUGACUCAGGGAAAGGUGAAUUUUAUUUUGACAGAGACCCGGACGCGUUUAAGUGUAUAAUUGAGCUGUAUUACUAUGGGGAGAUACAUAUUAAACGGGGAAUCUGUCCAAUUUGUUUCGUAAAGGAGAUGGAGUUCUGGAAAAUCGACUUAUAUUUCCUGGAUGAUUGCUGUAAAGGCGACCUACAGGAGGCGGAGGACGAGCUUGCAGAGAUUGCCGAGAAGGUUCAAACUAUUCUGGUCGACCGGGAAGGGGACCCCUCUGCCAGGGGCUGGCAAUGUUUCCAAAUGUGCUUGUGGAAGCUUUUGGAGAAGCCGGAGUCGUCGCUGUCCGCGCGCGUCAUCGCCAUAGUAUCUUUCCUCUUCAUCCUCAUCUCCUCGGUGGUGAUGUGCGUAGGCACCAUCCCUGACCUGCAGGUGGAGGACGCUGAGGGCAAUCACAUGGAACACCCGAUCUUGGAGGCCAUCGAGACCACGUGUAUCGGCUGGUUCACCGUUGAAUACGUUCUGCGCUUGAUAUCGUCCCCGAAUAAAGUGAAAUUCGUCCUGUCCUUCAUGAACAUCAUAGAUUUCAUGGCCAUCAUGCCCUUUUACGUGGUGCUGACUUUGACGUCUCUGGGCACGGCUAUGAUGGAGCUGGCUAACGUGCAGCAGGCGGUGCAGGCGCUGCGCAUCAUGCGCAUUGCGCGCAUCUUCAAGCUGGCGCGCCACUCCUCUGGGCUGCAGACUCUCACCUCGGCCCUGAAAAGCAGCUUCAGCGAGCUGGGGAUGCUGCUCAUGUACAUGGGCGUGGGCGUCUUCUUGUUCUCGGCACUGGCCUACACCUUGGAGCAGAGCCACCCGGAGACCAUGUUCACCAGCAUCCCGCAGUCCUUUUGGUGGGCCGUCAUCACCAUGACCACCGUGGGCUAUGGAGACAUCUACCCCAAGACCACGCUGGGUCGGUGCAACGCGGCCGUCAGCUUCCUCUGCGGGGUGAUUGCCAUCGCGCUGCCCAUACACCCUAUCAUCAACAACUUCGUCAUAUUCUACAAUAAGCAGCAGGUGCUGGAGACCGCGGCCAAACACGAGAUCGAACUGAUGGCGCUGCGUUCCAGCGAGGCAUGUGCAGAGGAGAGCGGGCCCCACAUACAGCGCAGAUCAGUCGGUGUCGCGUCCGGAGUGUGGGACAAUGCCAUGCGCUCCUGUCACAGUGACACCUACAUUCCCCUGCUGCAAGACCCCAGAGCAGGAGUACAAACCCCAAGCUUGGACAGAAGCUUUGACAGUUCAUAGCUGAGUCAAAUCACCCCCCUUCACAGCGCACAGCUUUAAUGGACCUACAGUAUAUGCCCCAAAAACAUCCAUUGCGAGAUCACAAAUGAUAAUAAAAUCACGAUAAAGAACUUGGUGACCCAUUGUAAAAUGUCUCAAAAUAUAAGUUCAUUAGUGUAAUAAUGUCACUUUUCCAACAUUGGUGUAGGCCAGGAGUCACCAACCAGGAGUCUCCAACCAGGAGCCACCAACCAAGAGUCUCCAACCAGGAGUCACCAACCAGAAGUCUCCAACCAGGAGUCACCAACCAGGAGUCACCAACCAGGAGUCACCAACCAGGAGUCACCAACCAGGAGUCACCAACCAGGAGUCUCCAACCAGGAGUCUCCAACCAGGAGUCACCAACCAGGAGUCUCCAACCAGGAGUCACCAACCAGGAGUUACCAACCAGGAGUCUCCAACCUUUUCUAGCAUGAGAGCUACUUUUAAAAAACGAAACAUGUGGCUAGUUUUUUUUCUAGCUUUCAAAUAGGCACAUUCUUCUCUUCUCCUCUCCCAUGCAUCUCUUCCUCGGGUCCUUGAAGAGAAAGUAUUGCACUGUUUUCACUCUCAGUAUACCUGGUAAAAUAUUUGUAAUAAACAACUCUAAGGGGAGCCCUAUAAAAUCUGUGAUUUCUUCCCCAAAUUGUUUUAUAUUUAGAUUUUUCCUGGUUUUAGAUAUUAUUAUUUUUUGUUCACUCUCAAAAUUACAAUUGUUCAUGGAGAAACAGCCCAUGUCAAUGCUUAAAUCACAUCAAAAUAUUGUAUUUUUUACGCCUGGAAGAAAACGAACACAUUUGGAUUUUUGAGUGCAUUUCUUUAAUUGCACAUCUGGCCCUUUAAUUGCUCAUCUGCAAGUGAGGAAUGUGCUGUCUAAUGUGCUGGUCUAGUGAUGGUUCUGUACCUCUACUGCUCAUUUCAUGGCAAAUUUAGAAAAUAACAAAUAAAAUAGAUACAAAUUAUAUACCUUUAAUUUGCAGUUAACAUUUAAUUGAGAAGGUUUUGGGGAAAGUAUUUCUGUCAACCCACAAGUGGGAUAAUGUCAAUGUUGCUUUGAUUGCGUAGUAGCUGGGAGCUUACGGUGUCUGAUAAUUGUGAGAUUUAUUUAUGACAGUUUGUGGUGGAACACUUUAAAAUUGCAUGUACUUUCAGAAUUGUUUGUUGAGCUACUCAUAGGUGGGCUGCGAGCUAUUGGUAGCUCACGAUCAACCUGUUGGAUACCCCUGGUGUAGGCCUAUAGCCGUGGCUACUUGACAGUCAUCUCAUCUGUGAUUGUGUAAGGUCUAAGUGCUGCAAGAACAGUACUCUGUCACUCCUCCUCUUUAUAACCUUGGACUGACAGUCAAAUGGACCUAAUCACCGGUGUAUUGAUAAGCGGGUAGACGUGGUGCUGAACAGUCCACUACAUAUGCAUAAAGUUAUACAGUGUGUCUAAUUUUCCUCUGUAAAAAAAGUAUAUUAAAAGUGAAUUAACUAUGAAUUUCUAUUCUCUAUUGCAUUUUUUUCUAUAGGCACUAGAUGCUCCUAUAUCUACAGAUAUACAUGUAUAUAUCCCACUGGGCACAGAUGUCAGUUCACCAUCUAGUUUUGAUUUACAUUUGGUUGACAUUUAAUUGAACUCAUCACAUUACAUUUUUGGGGAUGAAAUGACUUGGAAACAAUGUUGAUUCAACACAUUUUUGCUCAGUGGGAUGUUAUCAUGUGUAGCCUAAUAAAAUGAGAUACAGUAUCAACAGACUUGUCAGCUGUGACUCUGUACUCAACUAAAGUCAUCAUGCCUCAAAGAAAAGAGCAUGCAGGAUAUCCUACCAUUCCAUCUGUAUUGGUUUGCAAGCAGGCUUUGGUACAACUUUACCCAUUCAGUUUAAGUUUGUUUUGUUCAUUAAAUCUUCUCAAGUUCAGUUUUCCUGUAAAUUCUUCAUUCAUUUCAGCCUGAGAUACUUACAGGCAAACACUUUCUUUAUACAGUAUGUGUCUAUUUAAAGUGGGGUGAAGUCAACCUUCCAAUGUCAGAUGGAGAACAUUCCUUGGCUCUAGGACAUUUCAGUAAUGGGUUUAAAUUUUGCAGCAGCCCCCAAAGCCUCCCCUGAGGGUGUAGGGCAUAUGUGGCAUCAGGGGUGCAACUUUCACUGGGGACGGAGGGGACAUGUCCGCCCCCCCCCACACACACAUUUUGAAAUUGCAUUUUUGUCCCCCCACAGUUUUAUAAUUGGAAUGUGAUACAAAUGAGGCAACGGUGUGCUUUAGGACCAUGCGGACACCUCCGAGCGGUUGGGUAGGCUGUUUGGAGUGUUUAUCCCCCCCAAAUUAUAAUAAUACAAAUUUAAAAAAUACAUUAUGUCCCCCAACUUCUAAAACCAAAGUUGCGCCCCUGUGUGGCAUACUUGAUCGCUGAGUAAAGGCAUCCACAUGCUUCCCAGACAAAACAUUUCGGAAUAGUUUGUGCAUAUAUUAUGACAUAUUUUGUUACGUUUUUGUUAGUUUGGGACUUCGGUGAGGGUUGUUAGGGCAUGUUCAAAUCUUUUCUUGAGGCAAGCCAGUGUUCGGAGCCAAAGUCUAA